AUGGGAUCUGCAGACUUCAUGCCCACAGGGGUCCUGGAGCAUGGCAUUACAUCCGGAUGCUCACAAGAUGGUGGUCUGUUUGUUUUAAUAUACUGGAAGAAGAAGAAGCACCAUUUGAACACAUUUGUGAAUUGUGUUUCAAGACCUUCUGCCCCAUGCACUGAUCCAGCACUUCUUGAAGAACAAGAUAUUGCUAUGACAUGUCUCUAUCGGCGUAUUAUUGUGUUCCUGAGGGAUUAUGAUGGAAAUGUCACUGUGUCCAUGGUGAGUCAACGCUUGGGAGUUGAUAUCUCAAUGGGAAGUAAGAUCUUUUCUCGAUUGACAUCGGAGAAGAUUUUGAAAAAAAGAAAUGCUGUAGGAGGAAGAAAGGUGAACAAGGAGUGUUUGGCUGCAUUUGCUUUCCCUGGUUAUUUAAAGAGAGUCAUGCGGAAAGGAGACCUUUUGCCUAGCUCACCGAAGUGUUUACCAUCAAUCACAGAGAAGAAUCUGACUCAUACAAGCAGCACCAUGCCGCUUAAUGAUACAGAUGCUACGCCAGAUCUUGAAAUCUCACCUUUACAAUGUACGAAGAGGAAUUGUAUCAACCCGAAGGACAUGUCGGGACCUGGUGAAUCACAGGAUGUUAAUGUGGGUACUCAAGUUGUAGAUACUGAAUUAAGCUCUGUUUAUGAUAGAACUGCAGAAACUGUAACAUCAUGCCCAAAUGAUGUGGAAAGAACUUCCAGUACAUGCAAUGUUCCAGAUGCUAGAAAUAAAAUAGAGGCCAUCACUGUUACUCCUAAGGCUACAAGGGCCAAAGGGAAUUUCUAUGGGGAAAAGCGACGUAAGAUGCUGUCAAGAGCUGCAAAGAGAAACCACACAUAUGUGUCUUCAGAAUGCCCCUGAGGAAGUUUGAAGCUACUUCAACACAGAAAGCAACACUAGUUGCAUUUCAAGGACAUUUGACUUAUAUUAAUUUCUGUCUUUUAUUACAUGAGGAUCAACAUGUAUUGGAGAAAGUUUAUUUUGGUAAGACUUUAAAAUUACCAGAUUUUGUUUUAUAUGAAAAUUACAAAACUUAUUACUGGGAAGGUUUCCCAACAUGAGGAACAUUUGGCUUCUAAGAAGUAAUAGACUGCAUUUUCUGUGUCAAAAUAUGGUAUGUAUUGAUAAUAUCAGCAAUUUAGAAGGAAGAAAAAUGAUGUAAGACUAUUAUGAUAUGCCUUUUUUGAGGCUUCAAUUUAACAUUAGGAAAAUGAUUUUGCAUUCAUUUUCGUUUUGAUAAACUUUAAAAUUUCUUGAUAUACGUAGCAAGAACAGUUCAUGAAGUUUUAAAGAUUGCUUUGCACAUUCAGUGUUCUGUCAUUUGUAAGAAUCAAGCACAGUAUGUAUUAGUAUUUGCCAAAAUGUGUAGGAUGUGUGUUUAGUUCACAAACAUUUUAUUUGGAAGCAUUAAUUCAUAAUUUACUAUUAAAUUGGAAGUAAAUUAAAUCUAAUUGUUAUUAAACAUGACGCCUAUCCAGGAUAAUCCAAAAGUUAUGAAAGGUAUGCUAAGUUACCCACUUCACACUUACUAACUUAACAGUUAUCCAGCUUUCCUGCUGAGAAUAGGAAAUGCACGUUGCAUAGCCAGUCCUUGAGGCAAGUAAUAAAAAUAGCAAUUUAAUAACCUUCUGUCAGUAUUUUAGGGGAAAAAUUGUAUUUUCCUCAAAAGUUUUGGUUUUAUUCAUUUGAUUACUGUAGUCUCAUGCUUAUUGUUAUUGAACAUAUUAUUAUUAUUGGAGGGUUUCUCUUGAUAAUGUUUCUUUUGUUUAUGCAUUUGGCUCCCCAUUUUUUUGGAUUUAUGUCAUAAACGGGAUACUAUGCUGAAAAGUUCAGUUUACGUAAAUCUCUAUUUUCUUUUGGAAUCACAUCUCCUGUGGCAUUUCUCUCAGGAGAUAGAUCACUCAUUGUUCUGUCUGCUUUCUCUUGGACAGUUUUCAUCGUGAGAAUAUGUACUUUAAUUACUACAUUUUUCAUUAGCUUUAAUCCUCUCGGAAGGCUUUAUUUUCUUAUCCUUACUUCUGUAUGUCGCAUAUUUUUCUGACAUAGGCAGUAGUCUUUUUUUUUUCUGUUAACCCGCACCCCGUUUCACAUCUACCUCUUCAUUUUUUUUUUUCUCCAUUUGAAAUAGUUGUAAUAUUUCUCCCAUAGAACAUAUUUCAUGAGCUCCUAUUCUGUUAGUACUGUGCCUUUAGCUUUCAAUGUAGCCAAUAGCUCAUUCUGCAAGUUUGUUAAAUAAGUACUACUAGAUUUAUGGUUGUAGUGCGGACUGCCAUAAGAUUUCUGUACUUUCACUUGAGUGUAGUCAGCCGAUUUAAUAUGGAUUCUGAUUGGCAUCAUGGCAAGGUAUAAAGUAGUUUUAUGUAACACUAAAGUUAUUCCAUCAUAUUGAGAUUUAAUUUUUUUUUCUUUUUUUAUGAUAUAGUAUCUGCCUUGGACUUAUGUCCUUCACAUGAUCUUCAAAGAAGAAGAAAGAACAACAUAAUCAUAGUAGCCAUCAGGAUAUUUUUGUAAUUUUUUUUUUCACUUGUCUUCAGUGCCAGAAUGUUAAGCUCUAAUCCUUUUUGAGUAAAAUUUAUUUCAGAACAUUGUGAUACUGAAAAUGAUGGUCAAAAUAUGAAGCAUUUUGUUUCUGAAAUAUUAAUUUACUAAGGAAAAUGUUGAAUAAAAAAAUUAUUUGAAAACAUUUUAUUCUGUAAAAAUCUUGCAAAAUUAGCAAACAGAAUGUGAAAAAACUUUUUGCUACUGCAAUGGUAAAGAGCCCUAGGAAAAACAGAAUACUGAAUUAUGCAAAAAUCAUAUGCCAAUGUGAUGAUUCAAUUCAUUCAGAUUUAAUUUUGUAACCUAGUAAUAUAUUGAGUUGAACACUGAACAUCAUUAUUUUAUGACAGGUAUGUUUUCAAUAUGUACAAGAUUUUCCAUUUGUACUUAGAUUAUCAAAUACUAUCAUGACAAAACAUUUGGUAUAUUACACAUUUUCUUAUUACAAUUUCUGAUAUAAGUACAUAUUUGCACGUGCAUGUUGAGUUUUAAACCAAUACCUAUAUUGGGUUUUUAGGAGAAUAAGUCCUAUUUUUUCUUAACUUCUGUCCAGAAGCUAUAGUAAUACAGAUGAAUAUUAAGAUUAAUUUCUAACUGAUUUUAAGUGAACCUUGAACACAAUCAGCAUGAUUUUAUAACAUACUCCUUACUGCCAGGAAUAUACAUACAAGUGGACCAAUCCUUAAUCUGUUUUUAAAAAUUAUUACUUACUUAACUACUUACAAAAUUUUUAGAAGAAAGUUUUUUUUUUCCCUUGUUUUUUAAGAGCAAGGAUAAAUGUUGUGUGGUUAUUAUUAUUAUUAUUUUUUAAGGAUUUUGCUAACCAGCAAAUGUAGAGUUACAACUUCAUUCAAGAACACAGUUUUAAUAAGGGAGAUUUUGCAUGUAUAGAUACCUGGCUCUAGAAUGUAGGAUUGACUAUAUACGUAAGUGUUUAAAAUACAACAAAAACCUUUCA